AUGGUCCGCAUUAAACUAUGGUUCAUGGCUACACAGAAAUGUAAUUCAGAUGACUUGUUCUUCUGUGAGCCUCACCAAGCCUUGGAAGGAAAAAGAAAUGGAAAAACAGAAGCUCUGUACCAGCAAGCCAGGCUGCAUGACCGUGGGGCUGCCGAGAUGGUGCUUCAGACUGUCAGCGCCAGCAAAGAAAACAAAACCUGGUUUGUGCUCAGUGGCUAUGUGGUUUCUCUGUUUCUGCAGAAGAUGCUGGACUAUCUGAAGGAGAAGAAGGACGUGGGUUUCUUCCAGAGCUUGGCGGGUCUCAUGCAGUCCUGCAGCGUUCUUGACCUGAAUGCCUUCGAGCGGCAGAACAAAGCUGAAGGGCUUGGGAUGGUGACAGAGGAAGGAUCAGGAGAGAAGGUGCUUCAGGAUGAUGAAUUCACCUGCGACCUCUUCAGAUUCCUGCAGCUGCUGUGCGAGGGACACAACUCAGAUUUUCAGAAUUAUCUGAGAACUCAGACAGGCAACAAUACAACAGUCAACAUUAUCAUCUCUACUGUGGACUAUCUCCUCAGAGUGCAGGAAUCCAUUAGUGACUUCUAUUGGUAUUACUCCGGGAAAGACGUGAUUGACGAGCAGGGACAACGGAACUUCUCCAAAGCUAUCCAAGUAGCAAAGCAAGUCUUCAACACUCUUACUGAGUACAUUCAGGGCCCUUGCACUGGAAAUCAGCAGAGCUUGGCACACAGCAGGCUCUGGGAUGCGGUUGUAGGCUUCCUUCACGUAUUUGCCCACAUGCAGAUGAAGCUGUCUCAG